AUGAUGCUACUGCAUAACCUGCCCCAACACUACCAAAAUGAGAGACCUGAAGUCCUAUCAAGAGCCUCCAACUCUAAUGUACUACUAACACUCUUUCAAAAUCCUUGCUUGUCCCACUGUCUCAAAAGACAGCUAAGAACAGAACUUAUUCCAGAAUAUAAAGAGUUCAGGAAAUUCCUUCAUUGCUGCAAACUUACCUGAAGAACAGAAAGGAAGCAUGGAGGAAUUGCUCUACAUGUACUGCCAGAAGACAACUGAGCAAGGGAAAAGUCUCCGUGAACAUUUUUUAAUGGAUGCCUUUCAUCUGAACAAUACUAUGAUGUCAAUCAGCUGACAAAAAAAAAAAGUGACGUGUGUAUGAAUUAUGAACUCUAUCGGCGGCAAGCCCCCCUCCGCUUGCGGCACGGCGGCAGCAGGGCGGCUGGUUCCUUCUCCUCCCCCCCAGCGGCGGCGGGUUCCCCCUCAGCCCCCCCCCCUCCCGUUCGCGGUGGCGGCGGGGCAGCGGGCUCCCCCUCCCCCCUUCCCCCUUUCCCGGCGGCGGUUCCUCCGCUGUCGGCGUGUGGCGGGUUGGUCCGGUCCCUAGCUGCCUCAGUAGCGAUUCCAGCUCCGGUGGUGCUGGGCGACUGCCGGAGGCGGCUGGACCCGCCAGCAUGGGCCAUGCGGAAAGCGCGGCCGCAUGGAGGAGACCGGAAAUUGCUUCCCCUUCGGGAAUUCCGGUGGCAGCCCACUCCCUGUUGGGGAAGCCGUUCCCUUGGAAACCGCAGUCAAUGCAGAUCUUCUCAGGAAGAAAGGGAGAGGGGCGGCCGCACAGCCGUGCCAUGGCAGAGGGGCUGCCCAGUGGAGGCGGCGGCGCCGAGCCGCGCACCACUGUGCCUGCCAAUGUCCCCCUCUCACCUCUACCCUACACACAUUUCUAGGUACACCAUGUUCCCAAACUUCACAUCACCUGAGGGUUGGGACACUGGGGUCAAUUCAAGCAGUCAUCAACCUUUCCAUCCCAGUAUCUCUAGCAAGGCUUUUGACAUGGUUGUUCUGAGGAAGACAAGAGGAGGACCAUCAGAGACCAAAAUCUAUUUCCAGCAAAGUUUAACAGGUUCAGAAUUAUCAGUAUAUUAUCCAAAUCCACUAAAGAUAGUGGCCCUCAACCCCAUUUAAGAGCUCAAAUAUAAUUUUUCUCCAAGAAUAACCAAUAUGCUACAAAACACUGAAAGGGCUCUGGAGAUCACAACAUACAGCCAGGUCUUCACAGGAAAAGUUCCAAUAGAUCACCUUAUACUGGGUAACUAUUACAUAAAAGCAGUUUGCAGAUUGACUGGAGAACUAGGUGAAGACACAGAUCUAAUAAAUACUGCAUUUACUAAGAAUCUCAUGCUUCCACCACAAAGAAACACUUCUGCUGGUCUGUCACGAGUGAGACCUCCUGAAGGGUGCACUGCAUGCUUACUUCAAGGUGAACAUCCCCAUGAAUCCGUUCUGCAAGAACAACAUCCUACCAGAAAGUUCCUUAUCUUGAUUACAAUAAACAACCUUCUGAAAAUCACUGUCAUGUUGCAAAAAGAAGCAUUGUAGAGGCAGCAGCUUUCAGGAAGACCCAAAUUUUAAUCACUUCCAAAACCUGCAAGUUCACUUUCCUACAAAGACUUCAAGCCCAGAUACUUGGAUCAACAUACAAUAUGGGAAACCCCAGUUAGCCUAAGUAAGCCAAGCUUACCACUGGCUGUAAAGCCUGAGGAAAGCAGAAUUUUGUUGCAGGGACUUUGGAAUCAAGAAACAUGUCUGCCUGCAUGCAGCCCAGAGGAUGGGCCAAGGGAGACAACACUGCCUGAAUGGAUCCCUAUCUGUGAAGUUCCUCAGCACCAGACAGCACUGAUGGAGCUGCAACAUUCCUUCUCUAAGACAGCAGCACAAAAACAUUUAUGUGAUUCUGUAAAAGGAGAAAAAAUCCUCACAGAUUACACUAUAGAGAGAAAGAGACACAAGAACUAUGGUUUCAAUGCUUUUUUAUUUCUUUAUUGA